UCUGAACAAAGAUAAGCCGGGAUAUCAGAUUAAAUAAUCACGAAGUCAAAUAAUAAGUACGGAAUUAAAGUAGAAGAGGAAUCAAGGGCGGAGAAGGCUCUCAAAAUUAAUCAAACACAACAACCCAUGGGAAGCGAGCAACACGGCCGCCUUUGUCUUUCCGAGAGGAUCUCCACACGCAGGCACAAAGCUAGGAAAUGACACCCAUAAAGGGGGCAAUGGCUCAAAGGAAAUUAACACGUCUUCGAAUAAAUAAGCGCAUGCGCCGGGUGCUCCCACCGUGGAAACAACCGCCUUUGUCUCCCCACAACACGGACAGCAAAAAUUGCACACGCGAGGAAAUAACAUUUCCGUGAGAGAUCGGGUCACGAUGAAACAUCGUGAACACGGUUUCGGCAUAACCAAGCAGCAAAUAAGUCGCAUUUCAACUUCCAAACCAAACCAACUUAAGCUGUGUGAGACAAAGGAUGUGAUCCCAGAGCAAGGAAGGGAAUAAUUAAGCUCGCUUAACGCGUAGGUUUUCGCGACAAAUAUUAUUCAGGAACAAAACAUGGAUUCGAAUGUUUUUUUUUAUAACUCGACGCGAAUCAUCGGUCUGGCUAAUGGAUAACUUCGGUGGCACCGUCACGAGGCCCCCACCCCCACCCCUUUCUUCCAGAACGACACACAUAUGUGUCUUCAAAGCUAAUAAACACACGGACAAACACGCACGCGAAACACACGGACGGACACACACACGGACGCAGAUGGUUCAGCCCACAGGAAGGUUUUAUGACACAGCCUUUGAACAACUCGGGAAGCCGAGUGGAAUUUCCAGAUAUAAACCGAAGAAAAAUCCAUACAAAGCAGAUCGUCAGGGGCUCUGGCCCCCAUCACAGAUCUCCAGGGCUUCGGCUCCAUCUCUUCUCGUCGCCGCCAACGAAGAAGCUUUUCGUCAUCCAGAAGGACGAGGAUCGCGCGGUGCCGAGGCAUCGCCUAUCGCACACGAGUGUACGAGCCCAGCUCUCUUGCCGUGUCACCACGCCGAGGUGCAUCGCCUGACCACGCAAACGAGCGUGGCCGCGCCGUCAGUCAUCGUACGGGGUCAGCCGAGGGAGGAGUCGGAAAGCGAGCCGCUCACCCUCUCACCGCAGCUGCGCAAACCAGAGGGUCCUUCUCCGAAAGUCGUUCGUACCCACAACUUCCCCCACCAAUAGACCCACACACGCACGCAUCGACGCCCCACUCACCUGUGAGACUAUCCCAUCUAGUUCACCCUUGCCAUCGUAUCAACCCUAGUCAAUUAUCAGAAGACUGAUUAUCAACUACAUGAACCAUCAGCUGGCCAUGCGGAAUCGCGGCCCAUCGAGUGAUUAAGAGUCCGUCGGUGAUAAGAGUGAGGUUGUUACCGUUUCUUUCCCUUGUUCCGCUCAUCACAUAGGCGAUCAAUAGACUCGUCGAGGCAAACUCAACCUCUCGGAAUCCUCAUUACGAAUCGACCGAACACAGAGAGAGAAUAUCUUGUCAAACCAGUUUCCUUUGUCCCAGAGUCUCGCCGAAGAAUUAAUUAAAACAGAGCCAGAUUCGCUCUCGCGCCCACACGCCCUCACCCACCAUUGUAUCAAACAUUCCGUUAAGAGGAUUUUUAUACUUGCCGAUGAAUCUAUUGACAUAUACUUUCGCCUCUUGGGUAUAAUAAGUGCUAUAUUACCGCCAUAGGAAGUGUGUCAUGCUUGUUUUCAAACUCGACCAGUCGCCGAUUGUGAUCGAUACAUGGGCGAACUAAUGAGAUGCCUGGUAGGAAAAGUAGAGGUUACAAUUGAUAGAAGUGUUUUUAGUCAUUCAGUUCGUUAAAUGCAUAAGUGUUUAUUCAUUCAUUUUAGUCAAAUGCAUAAGAGUUUCGUUAUUCAUAUUGCAUAAUUGCAUAAUUUCACAAAUGCAUAAGUGUUUAUUCAUUCAUUUUAGUCAAAUGCAUAAGAGUUUCGUUAUUCAUAUUGCAUAAUUGCAUAAUUUCACAACUGCAUAAGUUUUUGUCGUUCAUAUUAGUUAACUGCAUAAUCUUGCCCACGAAUUAUUGACGCAUGUUUGACCUGCAUGAUAGAAUGUCACGUGUUUGUUAGAAUAAAAUUGUUAUCACAGAAGCAUAUUGAGUGUUCUUUCCAAGUCCAUGCAAAACCAUCUUAUUCAUAAGAGCUGUAUCCUGCGAUGAGAUAUGAAAAUGGAGACCUAAAAUAUUAUAACACACACUAGGAUAAUCGGUAAAUGAAUCUAUGAUAAUCGUGUUAUCCUGAUUGAUAACUCUGGAUAAACGAAACUAAGCAAAUUAUCAUAACUGCACACAUUAACAUAAUCGCAAGCCUCCGCAUAAAUUACGAUUAUCUCCGUGAUUAUCAUAAUUUAUGCAUAUAAUCACAUGCAUUAUCCUAAUUUAUGCAUAUUAAUACACACACUAUCAUAAUUAAUGCGAAUUUAGCAUUUUUCGGAAAAUUUUUAAUUUUUAUUAUUUUCAUCAAAAUUUCAUAAUUCCAACACAUACAACAUAAUGGGUGGCGUCGUCCGGGAUCUCUCGCAGACAGUGUUUUGCAUGGAUGAUGGAAUGAAUCACUUCGUGUUAACCAGAAUAUCGGGAUCGAACAUUGCAUGGUAAUUGUGAACGGGCGGAAAAAUAAAAAACGCCCUCUAAGGUUGAAACCCAGAAUAGCAGGUUAAAACAGAGACAGUGGAAUUAAGAUAAUACCGUAUCAAACCAAUUGCAUCCUGUGAUAAAUGGUGUUAGAGGUACGCACUCUGAAUCAGAAAAUAACAGAUAGCUCGAGUCAAAUUGACUACACUCUGUGAGAUAAUUGUUUUAUAUGCACUCUGAAAGGGAAUGUCAAAGUAACUCCCGCCACACCUUUGAGAUGCUGGGAUUAAGAAUAAUUUUUGAAUGGGUUACGGGAUACGGGGAGCUCGUAUUUAAACGUACCGACCAAUCUGUUACAAAGCAGUACAGUCAGAGAGACAUAUGGGAAGGGAGCUGUAUCGAUAACACGAACACACCUCGGGGGAAACUAAUUGACUGGAUAAAAUGUAACGAAGGCGAACACGAUGUAAAAACUGCAGGAAAGGCAGGACAGGACUCAUGCCUUCUCACACAGGCAUACAGACAGGGAUUGUGGAAUGAGGAAAAAUUUGGAAAGGAAACGGGAGAGAAAUCAGUGCUCGCGACACCAGCGAAACUCACAGACGUCGAUCCACAGAAUAAAUAUGGAAGUAACAUUAAAUCACACUCUUGGGUAAGUGGACAGAGUCCAGGAACUGAUCGCACAAAAAUUAUGGAUAUCGAACAAAAAAUCCUUGACAAAGGGAAACCCUCACAAUUCGAGAUAAGGGAUGGAGAGAUACAUAUGCAAACAAAAACAUGUGAGACUGACAACUUCACAGAUAUAGGGAGGGAAAAUGUUAAAGUAAAGUCGACAGGACAUGCUCCACUAAGGGCAGAGGCAAAAACUGAAGGGAAAUGGCAACACGCCCGACACAGCACAGACCAAAGUGACAUUGCCUGAUGAUAACUUGUUUGAUGAUGACGCUGUCGGCAAUCAACUUUCGGAAUACCUAUUCACCAGUAAAACCCUUAAAUUGAUGGACAAGGCUCUAGUCAGAAUUCCCGAUUUUGACCCCCACAAUAAGACUAUGGAUAUCCACACACAUAUCGCAACAGUAAAAGAGGAGGCAAUGAUUAGAGGGCUGAGGAGACGGGAUGAAAAAGCGAGUUUGUUGAAACGGACCUUACAUAAAGAAUCUAUUCCAUGGGUAAAGUCACUACCACACAAGGUUAGAAAUGAUUUUAAACAAUUGAGCCUGGCAGUGAUUCGGAAGUUUGGAGAAUAUUCGACACUCACUGAGGGGUUUUAUGCUGUAAAAUCGAUGACCCAGGGCAUGGACCAAGAUCCACGUGACUACCUCGUCCAAUUUAAAAGAGCGUAUUACGCAGGCGAUGUGAAUCAAUACCACGAUGGAGAUAAAAUGUUCAAAAUUAUGUUUUUUGAAUCCUUGAGCCCAGAGAUUACAGAAAGGGUGAGAAUGGUUUUGAAUCCAGAAACCGCAUCCUUACGCCGCAUAGAGAGCAAGGCGUACAUGGCAUGGUUAUACAGAGCUAAGAAUCAUAAUUCGGAUCCAGAACACAGGGAGAGGGAUGAGGAACCCAGCCUCUCAGAGAGGAAUAAAAAUCACCGAGCAGUCCCACAAUGCAGGACGGAGCAGAAACGCACGCACACAUGGCAAAAUAACCCAGAGAGAGGUUGGCACGAGAAUGAGAGCGGCACAAAGCCGAACAUUCAGGAGAAUCGCAGGAGGGAGAGGUUCAGAACAGAACCAUAUCAACACCCCAUGCCCCGACAUGCGCAAGGUCAAAAUUACCCACAGAAAUGGCAAAGUAACAAUCCAGGAAAAAUUUGGCACCCAAAUAGGAGAAAUACUGGGCCAAAAAUGUACGAGAAUCGCAGGAGGGAGAGGUUCAGAGCAGAACCAUAUCAACACCCCAUCCCACGACACACGCAAGGUUCAAAUUACGCACAGAGAUGGGAAGAUAACCACCUAGCGGGAAGGUGUUACACAGACCGCGGAGGUAUGGAUGCAAACAUGUACGAGAAUCGCAGGAUGGGAGGUCAAAAACAAUCAGUCCAAUUACGACCAAUUCCUCCACCGGCUAUACCAGGGGGGAAUAGAAGAAUAACACAGAAUGCGGCCCAAAUACAUGAUGAACCAUCCACAGUGAGUGCGAGCGAGCGGCCAACACGCGCCCCACCCGCCGAGGUGUUAAACCCUAAGCAGGCUGCAAGUGACAGGGCUGAAUUGAAGUGUGAUCGGACAGUACAAAAACAGACAGCAGGGACACGCCCUGAGGAGCGCAGGCAUGAGCCUUUGAAUGGAAAAUAUCCAAGGGAAACCAAAAAUUACGUGGAUCGGAGUGCUAAAAUGGAGACGAAUGUCCAUGACGUAUCGGGAAUGGUGUUGAAAUCCAACACACUCGUAAAAACAGAGGGCAACAUUACGAGGGACAGAAUUAAAUCGACACACUGACUCGGCAAAUGUGCAUGUAAUCGCAGAGAGAGCGAAUGCCACGAACCAAGUGUCAAAGUGGGUCGUGUGCGCGAAGUCUGGUUACGUGCAGCACAAUUUUUCACCACACACUCCCACGACGCGAGAGAGUGAGAGAGGAAACUACAAAAACGAACCCGAAAACCGUGAUCAAAUUAUCAAAGUGAUAAGUGGUAAACCAGGCAACAUGAGGAAGGUAACGCAUAAAUGCGUUCGAAACCGCUACCUAGCGUUUCCCAGGAUUUAACAAAAACAAAAAUGAAUGUUCGUCAGAGUUAUGAUGUAUGAGAACCGAUGUAACGCAAUAUCGAUGUUAACGUGUUGUUUAUUUUCUUUGCUUAUUUCAGAUGUAACCAGGUUAAGAUGGUAAUACGUGCACGCGCGUCGUAAGAAAUAACCGCCGAGAGUAAGGGCGGCUGAUGGGAUUCAUGACAUAAAAAGGGGGCAUUACUUUGUUUGAAAAUUCGCCAGUGGCCAAAUCGACCCCUGAUAAUUUUCAAACGGGCGGACUGUUGUGUAUGUACCCCCUUUUUAUUUUUUUUAAUAUUAUUUUUUUUUUAAGAAUUAUUCUGCCAACAUAGAUGAUAUCGUUUUUUUUAAUAGACGCGGCCACGUGGGAACGAACACGCCCCCACACUUCCACAGAGGCCCCCACACUACCACAGAUGCGCGCACACCUCAUUUCAAAGGAAAGAGGACAUGAAAGGGGGGGCAAUAAGGUAAUAAAAACUCCCCUAAAUUCACACAAGAGGAACAAGGGAGGGGGGAAUGGCAGGCGGGGGGUUGCAGGGCCGGGCAUCACGGAGGAAGAGAUAAUUAUAUUCUGAACAAAGAUAAGCCGGGAUAUCAGAUUAAAUAAUCACAAGAAGUCAAAUAAUAAGUACGGAAUUAAAGUAGAAGAGGAAUCAAGGGCGGAGAAGGCUCUCAAAAUUAACCAAACACAACAACCCAUGGGAAGCGAGCAACACGGCCGCCUUUGUCUUUCCGAGAGGAUCUCCACACGCAGGCACAAAGCUAGGAAAUGACACCCAUAAAGGGGGCAAUGGCUCAAAGGAAAUUAACACGUCUUCGAAUAAAUAAGCGCAUGCGCCGGGUGCUCCCACCGUGGAAACAACCGCCUUUGUCUCCCCACAACACGGACAGCAAAAAUUGCACACGCGAGGAAAUAACAUUUCCGUGAGAGAUCGGGUCACGAUGAAACAUCGUGAACACGGUUUCGGCAUAACCAAGCAGCAAAUAAGUCGCAUUUCAACUUCCAAACCAAACCAACUUAAGCUGUGUGAGACAAAGGAUGUGAUCCCAGAGCAAGGAAGGGAAUAAUUAAGCUCGCUUAACGCGUAGGUUUUCGCGACAAAUAUUAUUCAGUAACAAAACAUGGAUUCGAAUGUUUUUUUUAUAACUCGACGCGAAUCAUCGGUCUGGCUAAUGGAUAACUUCGGUGGCACCGUCACGAGGCCCCCACCCCCACCCCUUUCUUCCAGAACGACACACAUAUGUGUCUUCAAAGCUAAUAAACACACGGACAAACACGCACGCGAAACACACGGACGGACACACACACGGACGCAGAUGGUUCAGCCCACAGGAAGGUUUUAUGACACAGCCUUUGAACAACUCGGGAAGCCGAGUGGAAUUUCCAGAUAUAAACCGAAGAAAAAUCCAUACAAAGCAGAUCGUCAGGGGCUCUGGCCCCCAUCACAGAUCUCCAGGGCUUCGGCUCCAUCUCUUCUCGUCGCCGCCAACGAAGAAGCUUUUCGUCAUCCAGAAGGACGAGGAUCGCGCGGUGCCGAGGCAUCGCCUAUCGCACACGAGUGUACGAGCCCAGCUCUCUUGCCGUGUCACCACGCCGAGGUGCAUCGCCUGACCACGCAAACGAGCGUGGCCGCGCCGUCAGUCAUCGUACGGGGUCAGCCGAGGGAGGAGUCGGAAAGCGAGCCGCUCACCCUCUCACCGCAGCUGCGCAAGCCAGAGGGUCCUUCUCCGAAAGUCGUUCGUACCCACAACUUCCCCCACCAAUAGACCCACACACGCACGCAUCGACGCCCCACUCACCUGUGAGACUAUCCCAUCUAGUUCACCCUUGCCAUCGUAUCAACCCUAGUCAAUUAUCAGAAGACUGAUUAUCAACUACAUGAACCAUCAGCUGGCCAUGCGGAAUCGCGGCCCAUCGAGUGAUUAAGAGUCCGUCGGUGAUAAGAGUGAGGUUGUUACCGUGUCUUUCCCUUGUUCCGCUCAUCACAUAGGCGAUCAAUAGACUCGUCGAGGCAAACUCAACCUCUCGGUACGAAUCGACCGAACACAGAGAGAGAAUAUCUUGUCAAACCAGUUUCCUUUGUCCCAGAGUCUCGCCGAAGAAUUAAUUAAAACAGAGCCAGAUUCGCUCUCGCGCCCACACGCCCUCACCCACCAUUGUAUCAAACAUUCCGUUAAGAGGAUUUUUAUACUUGCCGAUGAAUCUAUUGACAUAUACUUUCGCCUCUUGGGUAUAAUAAGUGCUAUAUUACCGCCAUAGGAAGUGUGUCAUGCUUGUUUUCAAACUCGACCAGUCGCCGAUUGUGAUCGAUACAUGGGCGAACUAAUGAGAUGCCUGGUAGGAAAAGUAGAGGUUACAAUUGAUAGAAGUGU